GCUGAGGCUAAUAAACGUGUUCGUCAGGAGGAGACGAGGAGGGAGAUAUUGGAGGGCCUCUCACAACAGAUAAGACAGAAAGCGAAAGUCAAGGAAGUCGAGGAAGCUGUGAAUAAGCGACAGGGAGAAGAAAACCACAAGGUCGCCAUAGAGGCAUUGAAGGACGAAGAGGAAGAAAAGCGUCGAAUGCGACAGAAGAGGGUUGCUAUGGAUGAGGAACUGGAGAAGCAGAUUUGGUUCACUAAGUUGACAACGGAAGAGGACAGAAUGGAGAUGGAUCUUCAACGGCGAGAACUCGAACUGAAUCAGCCCCUGUUCCG